UGAUUAAGUGCGAGGCGAAAAUAAGGUCAUGUUUCAUAUCUGCCAAUGCAAACAGUGGCAACGUAAACUGUCAAAUUGUGUCGAGAUAUGAGCGGGUAAAUACGAGCUGCACAACCCCAGCACUGCACCAAACACUCAACAAACAGGUCUCGUCUCACUCCAAACGUGUGCAUACCUGUAUAGGGAAUCGGUGAGGACAAACUGACGCACAAAAGCGAAGAUAACCACUCUAGUGUCCACCAAUUAUGGAUAGUCCGGAACUAGGAGAUUUGCACGCGGAGACCAAAGGCGGCAAUUUUCCUCUUUUGGCACGAGGUCGGAUCGACAGUCCCGAUGCUGAGGUGACUUUGGAAGAUCUAGAAGAUGGAGAAAAGGGCAUAUUUAUUCAUGCGAGAUACGAGAAACUGCGCUUGAAGGAUUUUGGCGCCGACGUCCGCGCGCUUAAGGACGUGGAGAACUAUCUCGACCGGAUGCUGGUCAUUCUGAACCUCUCGCACACGAGCCUUUACCAGAUUCUAAGAGAAAUGCUGGAAAAGGUCAAACAUGGUCUGGAAGAAGACGUCAUAGACAUCGAAGAAGCGAUGGAUGCAUUAUAUGGACAUAAGUCGGUUGGAAUCCUUGCCAAAACUGUACACGGUGUAACCAACGUUGACUCGGGCUUGGAGUUCGAUCAGACCUGGUUAUGUGCGCUGUGUGAGUUGCCGAGUAUCACUCGCCGCCACGUGGUCAUAGGGCGCCUCCCGCGACCAGCCUACCUGGGUGUUACGUGCGAGGACGUGCAGAUUGUGAUCCUAGUGGUAGCAUCGACUAAAGAGAAAAGCACAAAAACCGCUGUGGAAACCGCAUCUACAUUCUGCACUAUUUUAUCCGACGUCGAAUUUCGGUUGGCGCUUCACGAGGCGAAAACUGAAGAAGAAUUCCGGACUUUGAUUCGCAAUCGAACCCAAGACCUCAUAAAGGACCACGGUCGUCCCGAGAAUCGGAAGUCUCAAUUGCAGCUUCCGCCCAGUGUGUUUGAAGAAAGUGAACAUGAGCAAUCAAAAUGCUUCUUUGGACGCGGGAUUGUGCAGGAUCUCAAGCGCCGCCUCCAGUUCUAUUGGUCGGACUUCCGGGAUGGGGUGCUCGGACCCAGGACACCACAAAAAGUCACUUCCACUAUUUUGUUCCUGUAUUUUGCGUGUGUGCUUCCAAAUAUCGCCUUUGGGAUGCUGAACGACAAUAACACAAACGGGUCUAUUGGCGUCAAGAAGAUUCUCUUCUCGCAGUGCGCCGGUGGGGUGGUGUUUGCCUUUCUAGGUGGCCAGCCCCUUAUUAUACUCCUUACCACGGCCCCUCUUGCACUCUUCACGAAAAUUAUAUACAGCGUUUCACAAGACUUUGGCCUGAACUUCGAUGCAAUGUUUGCCUGUGUCGGCUUAUGGAACGCACUCUUUCUAGUGGUCUACUCCGUCACUAAUCUUAGCAAUCUAAUGAAGUUUUCCACCAGAUCUACAGAAGAAAUCUUUUCAUUAUUCAUCACGUUCGCAUUCUCCGCUGACGCCAUUCGAGACACGGUAAAAGAUUUUAACGACAACUACUUCAACCCGGCAUGUCUUAGGUCAGACACAAGCGCAAAUUUGUCGAACGUUACAUUUUUCGGGAAUCAAACUGCCUUUGUUCCCUGCCAAAGAGAGCGCAGUGUGUUGUUCCUACUGCUAAUGCUGGGGACCGUCUGGAUCGGGCUGACCCUGUUCAACUUCACGAAAACUCCAUUCCUGACGGCGGGUAAGCGCGAGAUGUUGGCGGACUACGCACUUCCGGCUGCCGUGCUGAUCAUGUCAUUGUUCGGUUCCUACGUAUUCAGGAACGUGAAAUUGCAGUCCUUCAAGUACGACGCCACCACACAGCUUUUCCGUCCUGCGCCGCUAGGGUCGCUCCCCUGGCCGGCGGUCCUCGCAGCGGCUGGUCUCGGAUUUAGUCUCUCUCUACUCUUUUUCAUGGACCAGAACAUCUCCAGCGCUCUUGUUAACACGCCGUCAAACAAACUGAAGAAGGGCCCGGCUUACCACUGGGAUUUGUUUUUAGUCGCCGUAAUCAACGCCGUGCUAUCCGUGUUCACGUUACCGUGGGUACACGCGGCGCUCCCCCACUCGCCGCUGCACGUGAAAGCGCUCGCCGACAUUGAAGACCACAUCGACCAAGGUCACGUAUAUCAGGUCGUUGCCCGAGUGCGGGAGACCAGACUUACUGGCAUCAUCUCGCACGUGAUGAUCGGGCUCUCCAUGCUUCUUCUACCCUACCCGCUUUCCUGCAUACCGGCUCCGAUAUUAGACGGUCUAUUCUUGUACGUCGCACUCACUGCGUUGUACGGGAACCAGCUGUUCGACCGGAUAUUGUUAUUCUUCACGGAGCAGUCCGCCUACCCACCGAAUCACUAUAUCCGCCGAGUACCCCAACGUCAGAUUCACACUUUCACCUUGCUUCAACUCCUACAGCUGCUCGUGCUUUGCGUGUUCGGGUUUUCGCCCAUUCCCUACAUGAAGAUGGUGUUCCCAAUCUUGAUCAUGGUCCUGAUGCCUAUCAGGCGGAAGCUUAUUCCUCGGUUUAUCUCAGCGCGCCAUCUAGCGGCACUUGAUGGUCACUAAUAUUAUACACGUCCAAAGGUGUACAAUUUUAUGUCCAUCCGUGUGUGUGUAUUUCGAGGUUAAUGAUGUCCAUCCGCGCCCGAGACUGCAUUAUGUGAGGACCCGGAGUCUGUACCUACUAUCCUGCCUAAUUUGCUUACAAGACUCACGUACAUUGGGACGAAUUUUUUGUAUUAUAGCCGCCAAUUAAAGCUUUUUAGUUGUUACUGAAAGAUUUUCAAUUUUGGUGUGGUCUUGUGCGUAAGUGUGUGUUGUGGGGAGGGGGCAGUGUACCCUGAAGAAACCAACCUGUCCUGUGAGAUUCCCACCAAGCAAUCACAUGCUUCCUAGAACGGAAAUUGAAACCUGGUCGCCUAGAUUAGAAGCGCGUGUACCAACCAAUGCGCUAAUCGGACAGCCAUUAUGUAGGUUAAAAAUUGGUAUCGCCAAUGUCCUGUCAUACAUACGCCGUUAUUAUAGCCCAUGCCUAGCCACACGCAGUGAGUUGUUUACAAAUAUGUCUAGCCAAAUUGCGGAGGGAGUAAUUGAGACCUAUUUCCUGACAAACUUUGGUAGUUUUGUCCUACAAAAGCUUUGAAGUUAUUUCAACCUUUGCCAAUCUCUCUGCGUUUUAUAACGCAUUUAUCACAUUUUCGCGUUAUCAAUAAGAUGCCUUCAUGCUUUGGAAAAAAUACUGUUGUGACAGGUUGUUUGCCGAAUAAUUAUUAACAAUUAGGCAUAUAAUAUGUCCAGGUUAUACUUUGUCGUCUUUGUGCAAAAGAAAGCAUUUUUUAUGAGCUGCAUUUUGAUUUUAUGCGUGUUAUAUAGACCUUAUUUAUGUUUUUAAAAUGUAAACUAAUAUUUAUAAUAUUUCAACCAGAUUAGUGAACAUUGAUUUAACCAGAUUUAAGUAUUUGUUCAAAGAUUAGUAAAUCGCUUUGAAAUAUAAUUCGUUAUUUAUGAAUAAAUAAUCAAAAAUGUA